AUGAAUAAUUAUUUAGGAAACGAAGCUGCUGGUGAAGGUGAUUUAGGUGAUGCUGAAACUUUAGACGGAGCUGCUGUUGAGGGUGAUUUAGACGAUGCUGGAGCUUCAGACGGAGCUGCUGUUGAGGGUGAUUUAGACGAUGCUGGAGCUUCAGACGGAGCUGCUGUUGAGGGUGAUUUAGACGAUGCUGGAGCUUCAGACGGAGCUGCUGUUGAGGGUGAUUUAGACAAUGCUGGAGCUUCAGACGGAGCUGCCGUUGUAGGUGAUCUAUAUGAUGCUGGAACUUCAGACGGAGCUACUUUUGCGGGUGAUUUAGACGAUGCUGGGGCUUCAGACGGAGCUGCUGUUGAGGUCGGAGCUGCUGUUGUGGGUGGUUUAGGUGAUGCUGAAGUUUUAGUCGGAGCUGCUGUUGUGGGUGGUUUAGGUGAUGCUGAAGUUUUAGUCGGAGCUGCUGUUGUGGGUGGUUUAGGUGAUGCUGAAACUUUAGACGGAGCUGCCGUUGUGGGUGGUUUAGGUGAUGCUGAAACUUUAGACGGAGCUGCUGUUGUGGGUAGUUUAGGUGAUGCUGCAAUUUUAAUUGGAGCUGCUGUUGAGAGUGGUUUAGGUGAUACUGAAACUUUAGACGGAGCUGCUGUUGUGGGUGGUUUAGGUGAUGCUGAAUCUUUAGCCGGAGCUGCUGUUGAGGUUGUUUUAGAUGAUGUUGGUGAUGUUAACUUUACUGUAGUGACGCCGAGGGAGGCGAUGCAAACCUAA